UCUGUCUGUUUCUGUUUGGUGGCCGACCUUACGAAUAGUUUAUUAUUAUUACUGACUGUGACUUUGUGGUUUAUAAUAAUUCGAAAUGGAAAAUGCCGAAGAAAUUUACCACUUUCUAGAAGACUUCUCAAAGCGAAAACCUAAGGUAAUUCCUCAGGAGCUCAAUGACUACUUGGCGUACGUUGCACGAACCGGUGACCCCGUCUACCAGUGGUCCCUUGUCAAGAGCUUGUUCAAAGAAAAGCUUCUCAAUGUGAUCACGGAUUUCCAUGAAACCACUCCAGGUAUCGAAAUUCCGCCUUACCCCAACGUAGAUCCGUUUAAUUACGAUACUAUGAAGAAUAGUUUGUUGGAGCGCCUCGACACGUUUACGUCGGCUCCUUUCACUGUACAAAGGAUCUGCGAACUUCUCACCUUCCCGCGUAAGCAAUAUAACAGAAUUGAUAAAUUCAUGCGUGCUAUAGAAAAGAACAUACUAGUCGUAAGCACUAGAGAGCCCGGCGUUCAGCGACAACCUGAACCAGAAAAUGGUGAGGCUGGGGAGCCAAUAGUCAAUGGUACCGACAACAACUCCGAGUACAAUGUAGACGUUGAAAUGGAAGAUAUGUCCUGGAAGGAGAUUGCUGAACAGCAACAGAAAAAUGCAGAACCACAACCCAGCUCUUCGGAUACUCAUAUAUCGGUGGAUGACUUAGAAACCCGAUUGCAGAGCAAACAAGAUGUGCCAAUGGAUACUCAGGAGAAGACAACUACUCCAUAUGAAUCUGUAACACCCCCAGAAUUAAAUGUAACUGAUGAGUUAGAAACGAAACCAAUUGAUCCUAUCCCUGAUAUUGUAAAUGUGACUGAUCCCCUAUUGCAAGUAACUGAGAAAACUGAAACAAUGGCAGCUGACACAACACAACCUCCACCUGAAUCUAAAGAAGAUGUCGAAAUGAAAACUGAGGAGCCAGCAAAAGAACCCUUGGUAAUUCCAGAAAUUAAAGUAGAUGAUGCUGAAAUGACAGAACAAAGGCUCAAUGAGGAAUCAAAACAAGUUGAUAAACUCCAAGAGGCAGAAAAUAUAUCAGAACCAAAGGUUUCUAAUACUGAGGUUAAAAUAACUGAAGAUGUUCAACAAGCCAACAUUGAUGAUAGCAGCUCAGAUUCUGUUAUUAAAGAAGAAGCUGAACCUAAAGUUAUAUCAGAAGUAUCAACAUCAAGUGAAGAAAGUUCCUCAUCUAGCGAAAACACAGAUGGCAAUAGUAAUUCACCAAAAGUUGACAGUGAUGCACAUAUAGAUGUCCAAGAGGAAUCUAGUUCUGAUACAAAUCAGUCUGAAACUAAUGUGCUCUCUGAGGAUAAGUCAUCUGAAUCCUCACAAGAUGUACCUGAGCAGGUUGUGGAAGAUUCCGUUCCAGAAACACCAGAGAUACAGUCUGAUAAUUACUCCAUUUCGGAUGUAAAGUCAGAAUUACAGGUGCCAGUUACUGAAACUCCGGUAGCUGCACCAGAGCUUGAACCAGAAGUCAAGCCUGUUGUAAUUCAAGAAGCAGAGAAGAAAGAAGAAGAAAAGGCUGAACCUAUAGAGAUUAACACAGAAAACAAUUUAAAAUGAAAAUAAAUUAAUAUGGAUUUGUUACUGAUUGAACUCGUAAGCUUUUCACUGAUUGAACUCGUACUUAUAUUUUAGU